AGCACGAAAUACGAUGCAGCAAACAGUUUCUGGCAACGCACAUGUUCAGUUCAACGAAACUUCAAUUCGGACAGAUGGGUCGAUUCGUACGCAAUAUCCGUAGAGGAGUAGCUACGUAGAUGACAGUACCAUUCUUUUUCAUUCGCGAGGAAGAAGAACGAUGCUUCUCUGCCCUACCGCCAUGUUUUUCUCCUUUCCGUCUUUGAUCAAAAACCCAAACAGAAAGCUGUCGGACGCCGACGGGAGAAGAGCACUGCACUGCGAUACAGUACAGCACGAGUUGCGAUAGCAGCCGCAACGGAAAUCGAAAUCGAAAUCGAAACCACACCAUACGAAAAGAGCAGGCAGUUGCACGCCGUUCCACGCAGAAGAGAGACGAAAGCAAGGGAACACACCCAACCAGCGAAUCGGCAGGAUCGGCACGCGGAAGCACCGCAGGAGGAGACGAACAUGAGCCCGAGCGAAAGCAGCAGCAGCGGCAUCGCCGGAAGGUGCCCGGUCGAUCACGAGACGCGGUCCCUCUGGGGCCUCCUCGGGGGUGGCAAGAAGGACCACGGAAAGCUUCCCUCGGGAGCAGCAACAACAACAGCAGCAACAACAGCCGCAUCCCGCGAGACGGCCAAGCCGGCAUCCCUCGAGGAGGCGGCCAGGCACGCCCAGACCCCCCUCCCCGGCCAGAGGCUUCCCCUGUCGACGCACCGCGCCGAGUCGACGAUUCCCCGCGGCAGCGGAAGCAGCGAACCCCCGGCCCACCAGGUCCGGUGGGACGGGCCAAACGAACACAAAAACGAGAACAAACACGAAAAGGGCGGCAGCAGCACCGCCAACUGGGUGUAUCCCAGCGAGCAGCAGGUCUUCAAUGCCAUGAAACGCAAGGGUUGGAAGGGCAUCGAGGAAGAAUCCAUCCCCUCCUUUUUGCAGAUCCACAACUCCGUCAACGAGCGAAGCUGGAAGAAGGUUCUCGAGUGGGAGAAACACGGCAGCAGCAACAGCAGCAACAACAGCAACAACAACAAGAUCGAGCUCUCGAGAUUCGAGGGACGCCCCCGGGACCUGACGCCCAAGGCCUGGUUCCUCUCGGCGCUCGGGAUCCGCGACAAGCCCUUUGACCGCCACGAUUGGUACGUCGUGAACGCCAGCGAAAACGGGGGCACCGAGCGCCGGUACGUCCUGGAUUUCUACAUGGUGGGAGACGCAGGCCCGGGCCACCGGGACUUCGGACACGGCCAAGGCGAAGCGCUGCCCAGGGUGGAGAUCGACGUCCGGCCGGCCCUCGACACCCCGGAGGCAUUCGGCCGGAGGGGGAUCCGGCUCCUGCGGGAGGCCUUUCCGGGGAUCGCCCGGGAGUGGGACGACCGGAGGCGGGCGGGGGGAGGUCCGAGCGCGGUUUCGAGCGCGGCUUCGAACCCCGGCGCCACCGAUGCGCGACUGCCGGGAACGAAGAUCUAGCGGAGCGGAGCACAGCGGUC